AAAAAAUGAAGAGUCAUUUGCACGCAACAUUAGGGUUUUGCAGGGGUUUCUCCCCUCUUCGAGUCUAGACGCUCAUGAGCGAAUCGUAUGAAUCAUCUACGAAUUUAAUUUCUAAGUUCAGGUUAUUUCAAUUCUGAGUGUUACAGUUUUCAUCGCACAAAUUUCUGUGGAUGGAAGCUCAAGUGGGGAUGUCUAGUCAUGGGGGAGUCGUGGACGGCAGUACAGCGGUGAAGUUUUUGCAAAAGCAGCAGGCGGUGGCACCAUCUCCUUCGCCACGUCAACACCAACAACAACAUCAACAGUCUGCGGAGAUAGGCACGGUACCGCAGCUUCUAGCCGGAGGUAUUGCUGGGGCUUUUAGCAAAACAUGUACAGCUCCACUCGCACGCCUCACUAUUCUCUUUCAGGUGCAAGGUAUGCAUUCUGAGGUUGCACUGUUGAGCAGGCCUUGUAUCUGGAAUGAGGCUUUGCGUAUUGCUAAUGAAGAGGGUUUUAGAGCCUUUUGGAAAGGAAAUCUAGUUACUAUUGCUCAUCGCCUUCCUUACACUGCAGUUAACUUCUAUGCCUAUGAACAGUUCAAAAAAUUGUUAAAGUCAAUUCCAAGUAUUAGAAAUAACAGUGAAAGUGCAGCUGCAGAUGCUUGUGUACACUUUGUGGGUGGUGGAAUGUCAGGAAUAACAGCUGCUAUGGCCACUUAUCCUUUAGAUCUUGUCAGGACACGUCUUGCAGCUCAGCUGAGAUCAGAACUCAGAAGACAAAAUCAGAACUUGGAACAUGCCAGAUGGAUUCUGUUGCAGCAGAGAAGCACAGUAUACUAUCAUGGAAUUGGGCAUGCACUUCGUACAAUUAUCAGAGAUGAGGGGUUUGUUGGCUUGUAUAAGGGACUUGGAGCAACCUUAUUGGGUGUUGGACCAAGCAUUGCAAUAAGCUUUUCCGUUUAUGAAAUGUUGCGAUCAAAUUGGAAAUCUCAAAGGCCAGAUGAUUCCACUGUGAUGGUGAGUUUGGCUUGUGGCAGUCUCUCUGGCAUUGCUUCUUCUACAGCAACAUUCCCGUUGGAUCUUGUGAGAAGGAGAAAGCAGUUGGAAGGAGUGGGUGGGCGGGCCCGUGUUUACAAUACAGGCUUACUUGGGACAUUUGGGCACAUUAUACGCACUGAAGGCUUUCGUGGUCUAUAUAGAGGAAUACUUCCUGAAUAUUACAAAGUUGUCCCAGGUGUAGGAAUCGUAUUCAUGACAUACGAGACACUCAAGAAACUUUUUUCAGAUAGGCCGGUCUAGGUUACAACUUUUAACAUAUAUUUCAAUUCCACAUUUUCAACGCCAGUAUCAUUAUCAUUAUCAGUAUCAGUAUGAAGAUCUUUUAGGAAAAAUCUAAUGCUCUUUGUAGGUUACACAGGCAGGCUAUGUUGUCAUUGCUGUCUUGAGUUAUAUUUAUCGUGUAUAUGUUGUAGAUCCGGAAUUGCAUGUGUUCUGAUUCCGGUGC